AUGUGCCUCGUCACUCACUACCGCGACUUCCAUUGCGGCCACCGCUGGGCCACCAUCACCGUCCCAUGCUACCCCGGCGCCGGCUUCGACACAUGUCCCGAGUUCGUCAAUGGGCGACUGAAGCCACUGCCGCCGAGACUCGUUGCACAGGCGGAGAAGUGUCCAAAGUGCGACCUCGGCAGCAAGUACGAUCGAAACAGGACGCGCAUGGUCAAGAAGAUUCAGUACGGCUUCCGCUGGGGGAUUGGGCCGGAUGGGACGGAUCCCGGAUGCGACAUUGAUGCGGCUAAGACGGCCCUCUUGUUUGAUGGGAGCUGA